CAUCGACAUUAGCGAAUCGCGAGUCGUAGUAGAGUGAUCGUCAUAGCGCAUCGCGCGAGUGGUGGCAAGUGUAAGAAGAAGUGCGUGUGAUCGGCGUGACAACGCGACGACACGACGACGGCGAAGACGAGAAUCUUUCGGAGGAGCGAAAUUUCCGAUGCGGAUGGGUUCGAUAGAAAUAAGGAGAAUUCGUCGGAGAUUAUUGAGUGUCGUGUAGGAAGGAGAAGAAGAAUAGUAGUAACGAGGACAACGACAGUGACGGCGACAGAGGGGAGAGUAUCGAGGUGGAGGUGGAGAAGGAGGAGUUUGCGAGGGUGAAAGAGAGAGAAAGAGAGAAAACGAGUUGCGGUGUGAUGGUCGUUCGACUUCGAUCAAAAAGAACGAAGAGAGAGAGAGAGAGAGAGAGAGAGAGAGAGUAAGAGUGAGUGAGUGAGUGAGUGAACGAGAGGAAGAGCGACGAUAGGCCGGGCUUCUAGCUAAGAAGCAGCGGAUGGUUGUAAAAUGGCGGCGGGGCCGGUUGUGUGGCGACUGCUAGGAAGUUGGUCGGUGAGCAUCGACGUCGUUUGAUUCAACUGGAUCGAAAAGAGAAUAGUGGAGGAGGAUCGUCGUGGUGGAAGAGAGGAUUCGUUGGGUAAGAGAGGAGUGGAGUUGGGACGAGACGGAGGGAGCGCGGGCUCGCACGAUCUUCGAAGUAAUUCCGCGCCGUUGGUGAAAGAUGCCGCAUCCGUGCCGGUAGUGAAUAAUUUGCUGGUGUAAUGCUGCGUACGAAAAUCGCGAUGUGAUUCGUGUGUAUUGCAAGAAAAAAAGAAAAAGAGAGAGAGAGAGAGAGAGAGAGAGGUAGUUAAAGGGAAAGAAAUCGGUGCAGUGCUUUGCACUUGUUCGAAAGGGGAGAGAGAGAGAGAGAGAGAGAGAAAAUUUUUUGUGGGCUUUUUCAGUCCAUCGUGAAUUUACUGUGGUCCAUCAACGUUGUUGGAAAAAGAAGAAGAAGUGGUGGAGAAGGGGGAGGAGAAGGUGACGAACGUUCGACGAUAGAAAGAUGACAAGGUCGUCGCGUUCUUCGACGUCGAUGUCGAGCCGUGGUUGUUGUUGUUGUUACCGCUGCUGCUGUCGUCGUCGUCGCCGGUGCAGUUUGGCAGGAGCCGCGAAUGCGACCGCCAGGAAAGCUGCGGAAAGCGUUGCCAUUGAGCAGCUUAGUGGGCGUUACGAUUGAGGAUUUCAUUCCUCUUUUCCUCGGAAUCGUUCUUUUCGCCGUUGGAAGUGGAGGAAGAGGAAGAGGAGGAAAAAACGGUGGAGGAGGGCGAGGAAGAAGAUGAGAGGCGCACGCGGAAGUUGUUCCGCGAGUGUUCUCGCACUAGCGCUGUUUUAUUUACUUUACGCAUCCUAUCCAGUGGACGGAUUAUUGAAGUGCUACUGCGAUAUUUGCACGGAUACUAAUCACACGUGUGAAACCGAUGGCUAUUGUUUUGCCAGUACGAGCUUGGAGAAUGAUGUCGUCACGUAUGCCAGGAGGUGCCUCGACCGAAGGUGUUGGUUCCCACCGGAAGAGCCACGUGUCUGCAAUGGUAAGCCGGGCAUCUAUCGUUCCCGACACUGCUGCGAUAAAGACUUCUGCAACCGGAAUUUACAUCCGGGUUUACUGUCUUCCGCUUCGCCAGAAUUACGGCCAGGUGCGUGCACAAACAGCUGUCGUCGUCGCAGCCCGAGCCGCUCAUCUUCUGCAUGACGAGCGACUCGCGAAAUACGACCUUUGUCAUCGAGUGCUGCAAAGAGGAUUUUUGCAAUCGGGAUCUGAAACCUCAGCUGCACCCUCGCAACAAAGAAGGUGUUACAAUAAGACGUACUUCUUCCCGGGGCCCGAAUACUCGGUCUGGUGUACAACGAACAUCACCCAGAAUGAUCCUGACGGUAUCAAGUCUGUUGUUGCUUGCUGCGACCACUCCGACUUCUGCAAUCGCGAGCUAACUUUGCCUGUUGACGAACUCAAGUUUCAACGUUCUCGAAACGACAACGACCUCGAAGGAGUGUCGUCGAACGGGGACGAUGCGACGUGGGUUACUUGGAAAAUGGCCUUGACGAUAGCACUUCCUAUAUGCGCGAUCUGUGUGAUCGUUAUGGUUAUUUAUCACAUACACAUGUCGAGGAGAAGUCCUGCAAGACAUUUCCCAGAUGAUUCGUUGGAGGCACCGGAUCGACCAAUCCUUGGAGGUGUCACCAUCAGGGAUAUGUUGGAAAUGACGACUAGUGGCAGUGGUUCGGGUCUGCCACUUCUGGUACAGCGGAGUAUAGCACGCCAGAUUCAGCUUGUUGAGACGAUCGGAAAAGGUCGUUUCGGUGAGGUCUGGCGUGGACGUUGGAGGGGUGAAAACGUUGCCGUUAAAAUCUUUAGCUCGCGAGAGGAAAGAUCUUGGUUUCGAGAAGCAGAGAUCUAUCAGACGGUGAUGCUGAGGCAUGAUAAUAUCCUUGGUUUCAUCGCUGCUGAUAACAAAGACAACGGAACCUGGACGCAAUUGUGGUUAAUCACGGAUUACCACGAGAAAGGUUCGCUUUUCGAUUAUCUGAAUAGAUCGACCGUAGAUACGAACGGCAUGAUUAGAAUGGCCUUGUCGAUCGCUACUGGUCUGGCACAUCUUCAUAUGGAAAUUGUUGGUACGCAAGGUAAACCAGCUAUCGCUCAUAGAGAUCUCAAAUCGAAGAACAUUCUCGUUAAGACGAAUGGUACAUGUGCGAUUGGUGAUCUUGGAUUGGCUGUUAGGCAUGAUGUAAUCACGGACACCGUUGAUAUUCAAUUAAAUAAUAGGGUUGGAACUAAACGUUACAUGGCACCUGAGGUCUUGGAAGAGACGAUAAAUAUGAAUCACUUCGAUUCAUUCAAAAGAGCAGACGUGUACGCUCUUGGUUUGAUUCUUUGGGAAAUUGCAAGACGUUGUAACGUUGGUGGAAUUCACGACGAUUAUCAACUGCCCUUUUACGAUUUGGUGCCUUCCGAUCCUACGAUCGAGGAAAUGCGUAAGGUCGUCUGUACGGACAGACAAAGGCCCUCCAUACCAAAUCGAUGGCAGUCGAUCGAGGCUCUACAAGUGAUGUCGAAAGUGAUGAAGGAAUGUUGGUACCAUAAUGCCGCGGCAAGACUGACCGCACUCAGGAUUAAAAAGUCUCUGGCCAAUUAUGGCGCUAUGGAGGAUCUGAAAUAAAGUGUCGAGAAGAUUAGGAGGGACCAUUCCGAAAGUGUCAGUGUUGUUAUGCUUCGCAAAUAUAGGAUAUGCGAUCGUAAACUAUACGUGAAUAUAUGAGAACAUUUGCAUAAACUUUAUUCCAUUAUGCAAAAUAUUCCAGAAGAAUAUAGAACGGAUCUUUAAAACCCAGACGAUUUACAAAUUGUAUUAUUUACAUAGUUUAUUUCUUUUUUUGUUUGUUUUCGAAAUUCAAUCGAGAAGUAGUGAAUUUUUUUUUACGAUUUGUUAAUAUUUUUCAAACAAAUCGUCGAAGAUCUUCUAACUCGUUAAUUAUUAUUAUAAUUAUUUUUUCUUCCAUUGGUUAGAACACAACGACAAGGGUAAAGUCAAUCGAAAACUCGAAAAAAGCUUUUGGUUAAUCGAAAGAUAAUCUACGUUACAUUACUGCUGUAUAUUUAUUAUAAUACUAUAAAGAUAAACUACAUAAAUUUAUUCCGUAGUGACGUUUAUGGAUUAAUAUUAAUCGAUAAUUAUAAGUUUAUAUGUUAGUUCGCAUACGUGUGCGUAAACGAUUACUUGAGAGCAGAGUCGAUUAACCAAAUGGUAUUUCGAAUAAGAAUAGGGUAAUAUAAUGAAACUGACUUUUAUUUGGUCGAAUGUGUUCUAUCUAUGAAUAUUGAGGAACGAACCGGAAUAUUUUAGAUAUUGGACACUUCUUUAUUUAUUUUACGAUGUUCCGGACAGUGUUUCUAUUUCCAAAUACUUAUUUCACACAUUUUUCAAAUUGAACUUAUCGUCGAUGUUUUAACAGUGCGAGCAGAAACCAAACUUUCCGAGAGCAUGUACCAUAUAACGUGUGUUACAAGAGAAAUACAUGUACGCAGAGAAAUUUCUUUUUUUGGCAAUGCAAGCGGGAUGCUGGUAUUAAAAGAAAACAAGUAAACAAAACGUGCAGGUAAUUUUUAUAUUUCUUAUUUUCAACGAGUCUAUGUACGUUUUUUUUUUUUUUUUUUCGAAAUCGAAUCGAUUUUUUCGAAGGAAUGCAAGCAAGAAUCAUGAUCAUGAAAAUAUUUCUUGAUUUACAAUUUAUGAUAAAAAUUUUCGAACGUUAAAGUAGUUGUAAAGUUUCUUCGUGUGAAAUCAGUGAGACGCAAAAAGAUAAGUUUUACAUUGAAACAAAACUAUUUCAAAAAAGAAAUGUAUUUGAUAAAUCGCGAUUGCAUAAUAUGAGAAGCCUUAUCACGUUUUCGUUGACAUUGGAAGGCCUUUUAUCUACGACCAGUUAUAUUUACUGAUUGACUUAAAUAUACGUAUAUACGUAUAUAUGCGGGUGCGCGCGCGCGCACGCUUGUACUGUCUUUAAUGUAGAUGUAACCAAAUGUUUUUCUUAAGACGUAAGUUUUGCGUAAUAUUAACGCAAGUUGAUCGCGACAUGCAACGGUAUACCCCGCGAGUAUGUCGAAACGUGUUUCCUUUGUAACACAGGAAGGCUGAAAUUGAAGGGUGCUAAGCUCAAGAGCAACUGUAAAGUAGUAUGAAAGAAGGAGAGCAAGUGAGUUAGUGGUAGCGAGAGUGGCUUGCGCGAGUAUGAAAGAAAGAAAGAAGAAAAAAAAAAGAAAUGAAAAAUUGUGAAUGAGACGCUAAUAAUAAAAAGUAAAAAGAAAAAAAAAAGAAAAGAAAAGAAAAGAAAAAAUAAAAAAAAGGAUGGAGAAAGAGAGAAAGAUACAUUGGAGAAUCUAUAUUUUCGGGAAUUUUUUAACGGAAUGAUAAAGGGAAGAAAGAUAAAAAGAAAAAGAAGAAGGGGAUGAAAAAAUGUUAUCAUCUUAACGAGUUACAACUUAUAAAUUGUUGUACUUGUUAUUUAUGAGCACAAUUUUCUACUAUUUUCUCACCAUCUUUCUUUCGUUUCUUUUUUUUUCUCUCCCUCUUCUUCUUCUUCUUUUUCUUUCCUUUCUUUUUCGCGUUCAGAACGACGAUCAACACGAGAACGAGCAUUGUUCGGUAUUUGUGCGAUAUAUUGUGUAUAUUGUAUGACAAAAAGCAAUCAUUACGAACGGGAGUUUAUAAAUUUAGAAUAGUGUGAGAUCGAAUGGACGUAUGGUAUGUUAUUGGUUAGCUUUAUUAGUAAUUAUCUUGUCUCCUAACGAACAUGAACACUUUCAUUACGACGAGUUGUCUGUAAAGAAUAACAUUUAAUAUUUUUUCGUACUAUGCAAAUUAUUGGUUUCUUAUUUAAAUCACAUUAGAUUAACAUAGAAUGAAUUAUAAAAGAAUAUACAUCAAGAUACGUUAAUUCAUAGAGAAUUUUGUUAAGUAUCUAUAAUUAUCUUUAGUAUACAGCUAGAAUGUUGAACGUUGAGUGAUUAUAGUUGCUUUAGUAAGAAAAAAGUUAAAUUUAUCUGACUUUUGUGAAUCACGGAAUAGCUGUUUGGAAUGAAAACGAUAAACAAUAACUUUCAAAUUUUUUGAAAGUGAUUGAAGUGAAAUGAAAUAUUUAAAUGGAUCAAAUGAAAUCAGGUAAAUUUUUCAAUCAUUUCAAAGUCGUUGUUUAUUAUUUUGUUCUUUAGAAACAGUAGCCUGGUGAGAGUUUAAUGUUUAUUAGAGAAUAAGAUAUUUAUUAACGAAGCUGGCGAUGGUAAUUUUGUAUUGGAGGAAUUAUGCGAGGACGAUUGAAAAUAAUGCAAUGAUUCCGUACGUAGUAAUGCUCGCGUGAUAAGAAAAUUCGUCAAAGACGAAAGAAAGAAGACGAGAUAGAGAUAGAGAUACAUAGAUGAGGGAGAGUGAUAAGGACAGAGAGGGAGAGGGAGAGAGAGAGAGAGAGAGGGAGAGAGAGGGUCAAAUAAUCUUCGUCAUCCAAUAAUCAACGUAAAAGUCUGCGACGUUACAAUUAAAUAUUAUUACGUAGAAAAGGCAAGAGUCCUUUUAAAACACAUAAUCGUAUUUUUAUAUUGUUUUUUACCGAUGACGCCGCGCUCGGUUGCCGUACUCACUUUCUCUUCCGUUUUCUAAAGCCACCGAUCGGUGGAAAGAUACUUCGGAAUUCACGUACGUAUGUAUAAGUUGCAAAAUAUUAGUGCCUACGUUUGGACGAAAGGAAAGAAUUUUUUUCGUAUUUCUUUAUAACAGUAUAAUUAUUCAAGAUACAAGGUAGAAUAACGAAAGAAAGAAAGAAAUCAUUUUUGUUUCCCUAAUCUCGGCAAAGAAGCGAACAUACAUUUGUUCAUUGGCUUUUGUGACGAUGUAAGAACGAAUUAACGUUUAACCCAACUGCCGCAGAUUGCGAUAGAAAUAAAAGACUGAGAAAUAUUCAAAUAAUAGUACGGGCUGGAUACAUAUCUCACAGGGUUUAUGCGAACUCUUUUUAAUAAACAUAGCAAACAAUGUAGAUUAUCCUUUACGAAAAAGAUACGAUCGACAGGAUCGCAAAUUUCAUUUCUUCUCACAUUGCGACAAGUAUCUUUUCUUUUUAAUCAGAAUUGGAACUAUGGAUUAUAUCCUGCCACACCGUACGAUUUUAUUCUAUUAAUGGCAUAACGAAUCACAUGUCCCAAGACUGUCUAGAUUUUAAGCUGGUCGGUCACUCGUUGACCAUUAUUUACGAUCUUACCGAAUCUUAGGGACCUAAUGAAUGAGCAGUCAAUUUGAAAAUAACAAAUGUCUCUCGAUAGCUUUGAUUAUAAUUAUACUUAUAUCAUCCUCGCAUGUAAAUCGUAACGAACAAAUGGUCCGAAGUAAAAAUCUAUUUGCUCACCUUUUAUGUACAUUCCUAUUACGAAGUAGGUUAAUUUAUAAAAUGCGUAAAUGAGAGGACGAGCCGUACGCGUCGGUGAAUCUUUAAACACGAUUCGCGUGGUUAAGUAAAUUCAUUAGCCAUUUCGAUAAACGAACGUGGGCCUUUCAUCGACGCGAAAUUUCUGCAGAUAUUUCCAUACUGCUAGUACAACUCUGUGCCAAUACCCAACCGAAUGUUAACUAAAGCAAAAAACCAGUUAUGAUAUAAUAUUAGCUGCAUCAUCUUCGUAAUUACAUCCUCGCCACCUCCUUUAUAAUAAAUACACAUAUACAUACACACAUAUAGAUACAUACGCAUAGGGAUGAUACAUAUACACGCGAUAUACAUAUAGCUAGGUCAAUCUUUUUAAGCUCUGCAAAUGUGAGUUAUACAGGAAGUCAGAAGAAUUCACAUUGAUGAAACGUCGAAACAUUGCCAGUAUCGUUCGAAGCAAUCUUUUUUGCCGAGAAUAAGAACAGAUUAUUUUCCCAAUUGAAAUAUGAUGUGUUUCCGAAGCGUCGAACCAAUUUCAUUAAAAUAUUCGACGAUGCUAAACUGCCAAAUAAGAUUUUAUCCUCUAUCGUUCUUUCUUUCCAUAUUAAUGAUUUAAGUCGAAACUUGUACAAAUGGAGAGUAACAAUAAAACGAAGAAAAACGUUGCAUCAUUGCGGCUGCAUUUAUGUCAGUAUCGAUAUCAUUAGAAGGAGGAAGUUGUAUGUAUGUACCUUUACGAUGAUAUACUAUACAUACACGGAUUAUAUAUAUAUAUAUAUAUAUAUAUAUAUAUAUAUUAUAUACAUAUAUAUAUAUAUAGCGUUUAAUUUAUUUUAACACUUUUCCAGUUAAUUAAUGAGGUAUUGCGAAGCAAUCGUUAGAUACAGUUAGGACACGCAUACUCACGCGAAACAAAUUUCUAUGUCGCAUUGUUUUUUUUCAGCGAAAAUAGAUCGGUAGAGUCUCGAAGCUAUAUAUGCCGGUAUAUAAAUAGCGAAACGAAAAAGUAAACAAACAAACAAACAAACAAAUAAAGGAUACGAAAAGUGAUUCCAAGCGUGUGAAGUGAGCUCUUUUUAUAACUACGAUUGUAAAUAAGUAGACUGUAUCUGAAGCUUUCCAAAUCAUGGAGUACGAUCUUUUUUUAAUCGUUGAGAAAGAAAACUUCGAAUAGAAAAGGUUUUAAUGAAUUAAAUAAGAAGAAAAAAAUGCGAGUAACCAGUUUGAAAUUUUCAAGUUGAUCGAAGAAAUUUUAGGGGAUGUCCACGAUUUGGAAAAUAUUACUGAGGUUACGAGGACAACAAAGUUAGCGAUAAAUAGUGAUAAUCGAUAUAACACAGCUUGAUUUGCUCCUUCUUCCUUUAGCUGAAAACUUCGUCGAACUUUUUCUUAUUCUUUUUUAUUUUAUUUUAUUCUUUUUUUUUCUUUUAAUGGAUACCAUAUUGGCAUCGUUUGUAUAUCAGUGCUUAUAAAUCGGAAACCUAUUAAUCAGUUUUUUUCCUGUCUGUAAUUAUGGAUCGAUAACUCGUUAAAAUACUUUAGGACGGUGAUGUUUUUUGUUUACAUGAAGAUUAUAUGAAGGUAAAUUUAAAUGAUGGUGGCUUCAAUGCUUCUCUCCCGAUAAGUAUAUUAUAAUUAUACUACGAAGGAUCAUGCGAAAAACUGUUGCGAUUACGUGAGAAAUUCCGGUGAUUCGUGAGAAUGUGCCGUUAAAGUGUUAAUAAUUAUUAUUCUACAAACAUAUGAUUAAUUGGAAUAUUGUAAUAAUGCGAAAAGAGUACAAGUUUAUAGGGAAUCGCAAGAUAAUUGAUAAGAGAUUUCUUAAAUGAAGAAUUAGAUUUUUUAUUUUCAUCAAUCAAGAACGCGAUCUUUGGCCUAUUCUUCUCUUAACACGCAUAAUAUUUGUUAUUCUCGAAAAUAUAUAUUAAUUUGUAUCGUAAGUAUCCUGGUGAAAGGUAUAUAAAUAUUUCGUACAACCAACUUAAUUAACAAUAAUUCAAAUGUGAUCUUUUAUUAUUUUGUUUUAUCUUUUAUUUUUUUUUUCUUUUGCGAAAGUACGAAAGGAAACACAAAAAUAUCGAGCGAAUUUUCCAAUUCUCCUGUUUUUUUUUUUUUUUUUUAAUAAUAUAUUACGUCUUUAUAUUCAAAGUAGUGUAAUUAAUUUUAAGAACGUAUCUAUCUCUUUAAUUUUUAUCUAAUCAUAUUAUUAUUAUUAUUACGACUUUGUUAAAAGUUUUUAUUUCCUUCUUCUUUAUUUCUUUCUAAUGUAUAAUAAUCCUGUAAAUAACGAUGUAAAUGUUAUUAUUCGAUGAAUUGCGUAUCGAUAGAAUGAACCCUUGUAAUUUUCGUAAUGGAUGGUUGGAUUUACGAGUGA